UGGCUAAUGAUUACGUGUAGCCAAAGAUCCUGGUUUAGCUCACCAACUAGCAACAGCUAGCUUGUCAGACAGAGGAGACACCCCCAGCGAGUACAUAUCUAUUGACACAACGGUAGCUAGUCUAUGAGUGCAACGUGUCCAGGAGAAAAUACAAACGUUCAGUGAACAUUUAAAAACGCCACGGACUGAUACUUUAUCGAAGUUAACAUGCUGUAGCAGAAUGGAAUUACCAGUACAAGCUUGUUUUGAGUGGUACUGCAUAAGGACGCGGCACUGUUUCAGCCAUCUAAACAAGGAGCCAUAAACUCCAUGCAUCUUGUGUAGUACCUCCCCAGGAACUGUAAAUUGCAUUCAAAAAGAGACACUUGAAGGACAGACAUGUUUGCCAAGUUGAAGAAGAAGAUUGCAGAGGAAGCGGCCACAGCACCUCGGAGUGGGGUUCGUAUACCACGCACCAUCAGCAAGGAAUCCAUCACCUCAGUGGGGGCAGACUCCGGGGAUGACUUUGCAUCUGAUGGCAGCAGCUCCAGGGACGACUUGCCCGCACAGCUUCUCAGGAGGAAUGAUCAGAUCCGGAAGCUGGAAGCCAAGCUAUCAGAUUAUGCUGAGCAGCUACGAAUUAUGCAGAAGACCAAGGACAAGCUUGAAAUUGCAUUAGAAACGCAUCAGGAUUCAUCCAUAAAGAAACUUCAAGACCAGAGCGAGUCUCACCAGGCCAGCAGAGCCAAAAUGGCAGAGGGGAUGUCUUUAGAACUGGAAAAGAAGGAUCGGGAAUGGAUGGAGAAGAUGGCUGAAAUGGAAAAGGAGAAAGCUGUCCUUUCAGCCCGGAUAGAGGAGAUGAUGGAGCAAAGCUUAGCACUCUUCCAGAAAAGGGAUGACCUUGAUGAACUGGAGGGUUUUCAGCAGCAGGAGCUCGCUAAAGUUAAACACAUGCUGCUGAAAAAGGAAGAGCAGCUGAGCCAGCGGGAGCAGGAGCUCCAGCAAAAGGAGGCUGAAGUUCAGUCAGCAAAGCAAGGGCUGUCUGAGGCUCAAAGGAAACUCCUGGCUCUGGAACAGCAGCAUGAGGAGAGCUGCAGACUCAACUCGGAGUUCGAAAUAGAGCGAGAGGAACUGCUGCUGCUCAGAGAGGAGGCGGACAAGAAGAUCAGUGAGCUGGAGGGAGGAUGCCAGGAGCUGCAGUCAGUCAUCCAGCGGGUUUCUGAAGACUUCCAGAAGUCACAGAGUACGGUGUCAACUUUAGAAAGGUCCCUCCAAGAAUUACAGACUGAGCAUGAGGCCCUGAAGUUGCAACAACAAAAGGCUGCUGUAACGGAGGAGGACAAGGAGCGCUUGUUAGUGGACCUUCAGAAGAAAGUGACAUCUCUGGAGAGACGGCUGCAUGGGAACCUGAGCCAGGACGAGCAUCUCCAGGAGCUUCUCCAGGAGAAGUCCAGCCUGGAGCAGAGUUUGGAAGACACCAGAGCAGAGCUGCUGCUCGUUCGUACCAACCACGCUGAAACUGUCAGCUCUCUGGAGACGCAGGUAUCCAGAAUGAGCUGCAGCAUUACUGAUCUGCAGACCCUUCUCCGACACAAAGACGACUCCUCCAGAGCUUACAGAGAGCGAACUGACACACAAAUAGCUAAUUUGGAGCAGAAAGUCCAGGAGAGUAGAGAGAGACUGAAGAGUGCAGAGCAACAGGUCACAGAGAAACAGCAGCACAUGGCGACACAGCUAGGAGAGUGGAGUGCAGAGAAGGCCUUUCUAGAGCAGCAGGUGUGUUUGUUACUGCAGCAGAGUGAGGAGAAGACCAGCCGCUUGGAGGAAAGCCUCAGCUCUUUACAGACAGAAAGACAGAUGUUGCAUGACAGAAUGGCUGAUCUGGACAAGCAGAGGGACGAAGCAAACGCCACUCUGAGCCUGCGGACGGAGGAGCUGGAACAGUGCAGGGCGGAGCUGAACAGUCAGCAGACAGUGAGCACAGAAAUUGCCAAAGCUCUCGAAGAAACCAGACGACAGAAGGAGGAGCUGCAAACACAGGUUGGAGAGCUGACCCCAUGUCUACAGAUCUCUCAGCAGGAACUGUCCGCUGUCACUGAGAAGCUAGCACUGAGAGAGGAAGACAUCAAAACUCUCCAAAAUGAGGUGCAGUGUCGGCAGGCAUCACUGGUCCAGCUACAGCAGGUUGUGGAGCAGCAGCGAGCCCAGCUAGAGCAGAUGGAGCUGGACAAAGACUCCCAGCUGAUCAGCCUGAGGGAGGAGCUGCUCAGCCAGACACAGCAGCUAGACGGCUGCCAGGCGCGGAUCUCAUACCUGGAGGUUGAGGUGGAAACCUUGACAGAACAGCUCCACAGCCGUGAAGUGUGUGAGGAGGAUCAUAACGGUAGUGUGACGGUGGAUGAUCUGGAUCACAUUCAGAAGGUCAACAGAGAGCUAGAGCAGCAGCUCACCGACAAGAACAGGAGCAUCAAGCAGCUGCAGCAGAGAUUGGCAGAGCUCAAGAGGACGCUGCAGAAGGAACUGAAGUUAAAGCCUGAGCCAGAAGCUGAAGGGAGAGAGAAAUUUCCAGAGAGUCGAGCAGAAAAACAAGAGAGAUUUUGUCCAGACCCGCUGCCAGCAUCGAUGCAGAGCCCCCCAACCUCCAACACCACGGUGACCAACACGUCAGACCUCAACGACUCACGAGAGAUCAACUUUGAGUAUCUCAAACAUGUCGUACUCAAAUUUAUGUCAUCCAGAGAGGCUGAGGCAUUCCAGCUAAUACGAGCUGUUUCUGUGCUGCUGAACUUCACUCGUGAGGAAGAGGAUAUGUUGAAACAAACUCUUGAGUACAAGAUGUCCUGGUUUGGAUCCAAGCCUUCUCCAAAGGGUGCCAUCCGGCCUUCAAUCUCAGGCAAUCCAACUCACUGGAGCUGAUGAGCUGCAGCUAUAGCAAUAGCGAUGGAGAGAAAGGAACCAAAGGACCACCGCAGGAGGAAAAUAUCCGUCCGCUGUGGCUUCCAUCACUGAGCAGGACUCAGCUUUAAACAGCUUCCCACAGUUUUUCUCGGGCUCCGUGUGUGAAGGACUGUUCGGACACAGCUGCACAUUAUGUUCCUAAUCAGCUGUUGACUUUUUUUGUCUUUAUCUUUUUUUUUUUAUGACAUUAUUUCCUUGUCAGUGGUUGAAGCAGAUGGACUUUUAACCAUUAUAGAGGGUAAACUAUCACACAUAAUUAACACUGGAGCUUUAAGUGUCUCAAGUCUCCUUUUUCUUACCUGACAAAUGUCGCAAAUCUGAUGUUUUCUGUUUAGUGGAAACAGCAGAAAGCGAGUAAGCAUGUCAGAAAUGAGACAGAGGAAUUACCAGACUGACAUAACUGUUAACUUUGGGGCUGCCUUAAUUCUGCCCAGAUUCUAACAACACAAGUUACAUCUACAUGUGACUUGAUGCGACUGUCUUCACUCAACAAAUGGUGCGGCAUUGAUUGCUGAAGGAUUCUGUCACUUGGUUCAUCUUUAGGUUUUAAUGACAUGGAGGGCUUCUUAUUAAAAUAGCAUUAAAUGGUCACUACAGUUCCCCAAGCUGAUUGGUUUCAGUAUCAGUGAGAGGUUAUUUAAUAGUAUUUGCCAAAUGGGCAUUAUGGAACCCAUGCAACUUUUAGGCUAGACCAGCCCUUCAAUAGCAAUCCCACACUACUACUGGCUAGGCGUCCAUGCUAAGGCAAGGUAACAUAACCCGAUGUUCAGGUCCUACCCCCUGAACAAUGGGCUAGCCUUACCUUAACCAAUAAAAGUCAAUGCGUAACCCAAACCAAUCAAGGUGCUUCAUAGGGCGAGACAUGCCUAGAUGUUACAUGGAUUCAUAAUAACGCGCCAAAUGGACAUAAAUAGUUCACAUUUAUGUCAAUAUUUAAAACUACAUUUGGAGUUUGAGGCCCAUUCAUCAAUUUUCAUAAAAAUAUCGUCAACCAUUGUUCUUUACGGAAUUGUUUUCUUUACUAUCUGUAGAAAUAUUCACAAUAGCAUUUUAAUGAUUGUGUGUCUACUAGGGCUGCAUGAUAUGAGGAAAUUAUGCAAUAUGUGCUAACGUUGAAUAUUGUGAUAACGAUAUUGCGUACGAUAAACAGAUAUUUAUGUGUACUGCUUUCAGUGUUCUGGUAAAAAACUAAUUGCGUUUUGAAUUUAAAACUCAUUCAUAUUCACUCACAAACAAUCAUUUCCAACAUUCGUUUAUUGGACAAAGUGAACUUUGAAUUAAAUAUAAAAGACACAAUUAAUAAAAGAAUGACCGUUGAAUUUUACAGUGCAGUUUUCUACUGAAAGUGUCUUCCACGAGACAUCGCAGCCUUUUGCGUUGUGUUUAACCCGCCAGUUGAAAUUGCGAUGACAAUAAAAAAACUAUAUAUAUAUAUUCAUUGUGCAGCCCUAGUGUGUUCUGAUGGCCAAGGAUUGCAGUUAGUAUAAGACCACUUUAGAAAGCUCCUUGCACCAACAAAAGAAUCCAGGCUAGGAUUUCUGUCCUGUAGCACCCCUUCAAGAAAAGACAACGCUGACAUUUUACCGUUUGUUUUUAUUUUAAUGUUUAAUUUAUCAAUAAUCAAAAUUAAGUUGGGCAUGCAUUUUUAAAUGAAACUCCCUCGCUGUCAUUUUGCCUUGAAAUGUCAUUUUCUUCAUGUGGUACUGGUACUGAUUUAAGAGGCUGGUACCAGUUAUGCAGUAUAGUAUAUGCAGAGUUUAAAAAUCUGCUAAUAUGUUGGCCUAAAUAUAUAAAAAUUUACAGUAAAAAUAAACAUGGUGGCCUGUGAGCCAACAUGCAGGCUGAAUUUGGCUGCGCUGUAGUUGAACAGCUCAUACCUUACUGCUUGGCCAUUGGACUGUUAUUACUAUGACGUGAGCCUCCCAGCAGACCUUGCUCUCAGAUCCUCCCUCUGUUCACCUGGAUUGCCAAUCUAACCCCGGCCCUAACCAAAAGCACCCAUAAACUAAAACAUUUGACUAAAGAGUUUGUUGUGGGAUCGUACUGUAUUUACGUAGCUUGGAAGUUCUGGCUUGGAGGCUCCAGUCAGGGUAAAAUAAAGACUCUUUUUUUUUUUUGUGCAAACGCUGCUACUGGGGACACAAAAAAUGGCUGAUGCAAGCUGUAUGCAGAGACUGUCUUUUAACACCAAUAUGAAUGAUUUACACUAUAGUCCAUUUGGAUAAUAUAUAUGUCAUAAAAUAAGUGAAUGGCCUGUAAAUGAUGACUGGAGGACUUGCUCUACCUUUACCCGCCUUUGGUAAUGUAAAUGAACCUACAUUCCACAUAUUUAUGUAUAGAAAUAUGUACAUAUUGUAUGCAUUGAGAACUUUAUAAAUCAGUUGAUGUAAAUGGUUUGAUGUGACCAGUUUGCAGUAUUUAUCAGCAUCAUCAUAUACCACAACCCAUAUGUCUUUCUGCCGCCUUCCCACUGCUCAUCACUAUCCUUCCGCACAGUGUGACGUCGGUCACAACAUGAUUUCUUUUUUUCUAUUUAUAUCAGUGGAAGCCCAGGGAGUCGUGCAUCAAUGCAUUGACUCCCCAAAAGAUCCCGGUUAGUCUUUUAUAAUUCUCUUCAAUUCAAAAAGCCACAGGAUUCUUCAUUUGUAUUUAUUUCAGUAAUAUGAUUACGAUAUGAAUCCAUUGGGGUGCUGUCUGCAGAAGAUCACUGUAUUUUAGGUUGGAUUGUUGUUUUUCUGGUAUUUCAAAUUAUAUCUCCUAUCUAUAUUUUGGAAAAAGAACAUCUUUAAAUGCCAAAUUGUCAUCAUCUUGUGUUAUUAUUGACAGGUAACGAACUGCUGCGGUCCCCCAGACUCUGCUGGGUGAGGUAAUAGACUGUCUCCAUGAGAAACUAAAGAAACAAAGAAAAGCACUUUUGAAUCUGAUUCUGCUGUAAGAUUAAACCAUGAAACACGAUUGUACAAUCA